AUGGUUUUCGCGGCAACGACGUCUACAAGACAAGCGAUACUGCGGAUCCAGGGCCUGAUUUCGACGUUGGUUUCCAUGCGGCGCAAGAGCGUGACCAAGGCGCGUGGUGUGGGGAUGACGAGGGUGUGGUACAGCAGUGGCUUGGCGAUGGCGGCGAGGCGCCGUGAUGUCCGCGCGAGACAUAAGAGGUUGUCGUGGCAAGCGAGCCAGUCAGCCCACUGGUGGCCAGCAUCCCGAAAUUCCCACGUGCCCGAGUCGCGGAGGGCAAAACGGGUGGUCAACGGUGGCGCGGGGACCAAGGCCUCGGCGAUGGGCCGCAGCAGCUCAGUCGGCAGGCGUUCCAGGGACUGGCAGAGUUGGCUCGGGGGCUCCGGCACGGGCGCCGCCGGGCCGCCGAGGGAAACCGGCGAUGUCAUCGGGGGCGGACAAGAGAGCUCGGCUCAGGGGGCGGGUGCGCCCUCGGAGCCGCAUCAGCGUUCCUCGCAGACGGUCGUGAUUCACGCGAUGGGCUGCCAGGAAGAGAAGCUGGAAAUAGGCAGGGGUAAAACAGCGGCAUGGGCACUGCAACCGGCCCUUUUUGGGGGACGAUCCAAGCGCGUCAGGCUCUGGGCCCGGACGCCGUGCAGGCUAGCCGACAUCGCUCCGGUGUGGUCAUUUUUAUUACACGCGCUCCCGCAAAUUUUGCCGCAGUGCAGCAUCGGCCACGGCAACCCGCGCCCGGAUCUCGGUGCGGCGGUCGUCGUGCGAUUUGGGCCUCUCAAGGUUGCACAUAGUGGGUCGGGCAUGGAGACUGGGCGGCUCCCCACCGCAGCCGAGCCGGGACGGACCCAGCGGUCACGGUCCAGAUUUAGCAGGUGCUACAGCUUCAUUUGGUUCGCCGGAUGGCGGGUGGGACGCCAGCAACGGGGCGAAUUGCCCAAUCAGCACCAGUCAGAGAGGCGAUCAAACCCCCCGAGUGAAGUUGUCGUCACCGCUCGGACAGACACUCGCGUUUUCGUCAUGAGGAAGGGCCGCCACGCGGGGGGCCAGAAGGGCACCAAGCAUCAGGCAUCGCGGUGUCGGAGCAGGCGUCGUCAGUAA